AACAAACAGCAGACAAACAACAGUACUUCCUACAUCUUCGUUCAACUCGAGCGUUAUCUCGCGUCAAGCGUCUCUCUCGCGCGUAGUGUUUACAGUGAGUCCUGCUGAGCUCAGAGGACGCGCGUCCCAUCACUAAAUGACGCGCCGCAGCGCUGCAGAUUUACAUCCACUCCACAGUUCGACACGCGUUCAACAUAGAUGGACCCGCAUCAUCUGAGGACUUCAGAGUGAUAUUACUGUUGUGCUUGUGUUUUUCCCUUUCCUUUUCGUAAAAUGAGCGGAGGGGAAAUCAUCUGUCAGGGAUGGUUGAGAAAGUCGCCACCCGAGAAGAAGCUGCGGAGAUAUGCCUGGAAGAAGCGCUGGUUUAUCCUGCGGAGCGGGCGCAUGAGUGGAGACCCGGAUGUUCUCGAGUACUACAAGAGUGACCAUGCCAAAAAGCCCAUUCGCAUCAUCGACCUGCACUGCUGCGAGCAGGUGGACGCGGGACUCACCUUCAAACGCAAAGAGUUCCAGGACAGCUUUGUGUUCGACAUCAAGACGGCCGAGAGGACCUUCUACCUGGUGGCCGAAACGGAGGAGGAGAUGACCCGCUGGGUUCGCUCUAUCUGCCAGCUGUGCGGAUUCAACCAGUCAGAGGACAAUCAUCACGAUGAGAGAUCAUCCACCACCCACAUUUCCCGCUCCUUGGCUAAUGAUCUGGGUGGCUCUCUGGCUCCACUGAUUGGUGAACGUAAAACGUCUGUUCCCGCCCACUCCAGCCAGCCAAUGCUGUUCACAUUCGACAUACCUAUACGCCACUCCCAUAGUCCUCUGUCUAACAGUGCUCCUCAGGACUACCUCUUCCUCCAUCAAUGCAUGAGCCGCAAAAGUGAGAGUGCACGGAGUGCGAGUUUCUCGCAGGCCUCGCGCGGCAGUCUUCUGGUGGGCAGUGACUCUGCGGUUCAGAGACUCUCUCAUGGUUUCUCUCACUGUCUGAACGGGAUGGGCGCCCAGCUUCACGGUUUCUACAGUUUACCCAAACCCGGCAAGCAUCAGCAGGCCCCCUUGCGGACUGACUUGCGUGACGCCUGCUAUGUCGUGCCCAGGGGUUACAGCUCCGAAGGGCCAUCAGAGCUUGACUCUGAAGACGUCUACACUUACAAGACCCCCAAUAACACUCUAGCAGCCCCUCAAACCAAUGAGCAGCGGGCCCUCGACAACUACGAUUCACCUAGCAAUCCUGGCUCUGUGUACCAGAUCCCGCGCACGUUUGAUAAGAACCACAACGCCCUGAUGCCGUCCAGUGCCGACUCCACAAACGCACCUCCUCCCAGACCUCCCAAACCCAGCCAGGGCUCAGAGACACGGUGGGGCGUCCCUCAGAACGGAGAGGUCUCCACGGUGUCCGUCAUCCCGAGGAGGAACACACUGCCGGCGGUGGAGAACAUCAAGCUUCACAGGGGAUCUUCUUUUGAGACCAGCAGUCACCAGAGGCCAGUCUACUUCAACAACUCUGGUCAGUCGGUGGAGUCUGUAAAUGAUGGCUUCAGCUCUUACCUGAGAACUAAAGCCCCAUUGACCCGCUCCGAUAGUGCCGGCUCUGAGGAUAACUAUGUACCCAUGAAUCCCGGCUCGUCCUCCUCCCCUCUCAGUGCCGCCCUGGCUGACAGUCCUAAAAAUAAUUACAUUCCCAUGAGCCCAGGUCCUCACCAUUUUGACUUCCCAGGAUUCUCAGCGACGUUGCCGGCCAGGAAAGGCAGCACAGCGUCACUAUGUCUCCGACCCGGCCAACUCAGUGACGUCACGCCGCCACCAAUCAACCGCAACCUUAAACCGAACCGGACAGCAAAACCAACACCUCUUGACUUAAGGAACAAUGGCAUCAUUGAUGAACUUCCCUUCAAGAGCCCCAUCACCAUGUCUUGGACAAGACCAAUGCCUUUGAACUCCAUCUCGUCACAGCACUGUCGGCCCAUCUCAACCCAGAGCAUCACCAGCACUGAUUCUGCGGACAGUGAGGAGAACUAUGUGGCAAUGCAAAACCCAGUGUCUACCUCCCCAGCGAUGAGUGGUACCAGCAGUCCUGCACCCAGGAAUUGUGGUAAUGUGGACUAUUUGGCCCUGGACUUUCAGCCUGGUUCCCCUAGCCCACACAGAAAGCCGUCCACCUCUUCAGUGACCUCAGAUGAAAAAGUGGACUACGUCCAAGUGGACAAAGAGAAGACACAGGCCCUUCAGAACACCAUGCAGGAGUGGACAGAUGUGCGACAGUCAACCGAGCCGGCUAAAGGCAUCAAGUCCUGAUGAUGUCACUCGAUGAUGUUCCUCCCUGUCACUCGAAAUGUUGUUACACCGUGAUCCAAGGUGGUUUGCCUGGGACAAAAUAGCGAAUGAUGCACCAACUAAAGCCAUAGAUCCUUUCGAAGACAAAACCCCCACUGAACCCCCUGGACCGCCAUGCCAUGCAUGUUAGACUUUUCAAAGUUCAGUGCAACGAAACUUUAGCUACUUGCUCUCUGUGAGUGUAAGCGAAGAACUAUAAGUAGUGAAUCUUCUGUGGUAUUUGACAUGUGGGAAAUCAUAUUUAAAACUAGUUAAUGGUAACGUGUGCAAAACAUUCAAUGUUGAAAUACUUUCAUUACUGCUUAAAAGUCUGAGACACUUAAAGUUGCUUUUCCACCGGUUGGGCCGAAUGGUUCUAAGAAUGGUAAGCAACGGUUAUAAUUUCACUUCUGCUUGGUUUGGUACGGAACGAUUACGAACCAUUCUCGGCGAACAAGUUUAAAACACAAAUAUCUGAUCAUCCUCCAUGUGGUCGCUAUUUACAUCUCAUAUCGUCGGUAAACUCAAGGCAACGACUGACGCGUUUGUAUUACAUUCCAAAGAGCUCUGUUAUCAGCCCCACAGUGGAAAAUGAAACCAUAUCUGUACCGGCGGGCCGGAUCGGCAUGGAAUGGAACGCUUAAGCAACGAGAACUGUUUUGACCGAUGAUGGAAAAGCGGUUUAAGUCAGCCAUUUGUAGUUUGAUCCCCUGUGAAAAAUGUAUACUCUGUGACUCUAUCAUUGCUCUGUUCGUUUGAGUAUCCCAACCCAGCCUGACAUUGCUACAUUGGCUCAACCAAUGCCGUUAGUUUGGCCAAUAGCAUACAGGUCGAGUGUUCAGAGAACCUCAAAUCUGUUUGGUGGCACUAGUUGUGCAGAAAUUACACACUUUCAACUCUGACAGUGUUACAAAAGCAGAAUAGCACUUCAAACAAAGGAUUUUCUGAAAUCAUGGAGGUCUGCCUUGCCAUUGCAAUUUUUUAUAGAUUCAUCAAAGAGAACUUUCCUUGUUUUCCAAUUUUUAGUCAACCAAUGUAGGAAAAGUUAGAAAGAGACUCUUUCUGUAGUUUUUGUAGUUUUUGCAUUAAGAGAUUUAGGUGUUUUCACACUUGGUCUGACAAUGAGUAUUGGCUUAUAUGUGAUUGCACUCUUAAAACUGCUGGGUUAUUUCAACCCAAAUUUGGGUCAAAUAUGGACAAACCCAAAGCUUGGUUCACAUGAGUAUUGGGUUAUAUGUGAAUGCACUCUUAAAAAUGCUAGGUUAUUUCAACCCAAAUUUGGGUCAAAUAUGGACAAACCCAAAUGUUGGGUUAAAAAUGUAAUUAAAAAAU